GCAAUGAGUUAAUUGAUUGAUUUAUUGGGAUAUGCAGACUGAGUGAGAGAGAUAGGAAGAAGGAAAGAAGAGAGAAUGCCAAAGAGGACGACGCAUACAUACUCGAGCGAGGAUGCGGCUCCUGAGGGUCCACACUCGGAUCUGUUUGUUUAUUACUGCAAACAUUGCGGUUCCCAUGUACUCAUCACUGGUAAUCGAUCAUAUUCAUAUUCAUGCUUAUGCUUAUCCAAUUCCCCUUUUCCUAUCUCACAACACGCUCUCUUCCUUCCGAGAGAAGAUACCCAAUUGCAGAAAAUGCCCAAAAGGAAAACCGACAAAGCAUACGUACUUGACAAAACCAAACAUCUCGCCCGAUUCAACAUUCACGAGGCUGGCAAAGUUCUCUUGAAACGAGGCGAAGGCAAAUUGGAGAAACAAUUCCGCAUGAAUUGUAUGGGCUGUGGUCUCUUUGUUUGCUAUCGAGCCGAACAAGAUUUCCAACUUUCAUCUUUGAUAUAUGUCCUUGACGGUGCCCUCAGUACUGUUGCUGCCGAAACCAAUCCACAGGAUGCUCCCGUUCCACCCUGUAUUUCCCAGCUUGAAGGAGGACUUGUUCAGGUUGCUAUUGAAGUCGAAGAUCGUGCUCAACGUUCCGCAAUCACCAGAGUAAAUGCUGAUGAUGUUCGAGUCACUGUUGCUGCUCCUGCUGCUCGUGGAGAGGCUAACAACGAACUUUUGGAAUUUAUGGGAAAAGUUUUGGGCUUGAGAUUGAGUCAGAUGACUCUUCAGAGAGGAUGGAAUAACAAGUCAAAGCUUCUUGUGGUGGAGGAUUUGACUGCUAGACAAGUUUAUGAGAAACUUUUGGAGGCUGUGCAACCUUGAUGCUGUCUUUUAUUUUUAUUAUGCAUGGUGCCUGCUGUCUGGUUUCUGUGACGUACUGGUGGUUGUGCAUUUUCUAGGUUGAAUCUCUUUUUUCUGCAAAAAUGAGUUUGGGGUUUGAAUUUCAGUGUUAAUGUUUUUACUUAGAUACACAUACUGGCAUUUGGCUAGAUUGUAAUUGACAAUCUCGCAAGCUAUGACCAUGUAUUUAGUCGAUAAAUUAUAUAUCGGUGUAUUAACACAUGAUUGGAUAGUGGAUCAAAAUGUACUUAGUUGACAGAGAAAGUAUCAAAAUCAUUUUUAAGUUUCACACAUAUAUCGAAUAAUUUUCGUUUG